AGCCUGCGGAGCUCGGCGCAGCCCGCUGGGAGCGGAGCCCUGCUGGAGCCCGGAGCGGUGCGUACCGAGCAGGCACAGCCCGGCGGAGGGAGCGGAGCGGAGCCUUGCCCCGGGCGGAGCGGCGCUCUCCGGGAGCCGGAGCCGGCUCGGCGGGAGCGGGGCGCGGUGCCGUCCCCGGGAGCCGUGCCCGAGCCGCCUCGGUCGGGCAGGGAGCUGGAGCCAUGGCCGAGCAUAUGCUGAUGCCGAUGAGCCACGGAGGCGCCGGGCUGCAGAGCUACCGGAUGGGGGUGAGCGGGCUGCAGGGACCCCCGCAGCACGGGCAGCAUGUGCUGAGGACGCUGCCCGCCGCCGCUCAGAUGAUGCCCUACGGAGGGGCUGCCGUGGACGGGGCGAUGCGGCCCAGAGCCAGCCUCGGCGGACAGAUGGGCCACCACCAGAUGCAGAACGCGAUGAUGUUCAGUGGCCCGGGCCAGCAGCAGCAGUACAUGGGGCCGGUGGGCACCCAGCAGCUCAUGGCCAGCAUGCACCUACAAAAACUCAACACCCAGUACCAGGGCCACCCGCUGGGCAUGAGCAACGGGCCCAUGGGAGCUGGUGGGCAGCAGUACAGAGUGGGGCCGGGCCAGCACCCGGGCAUGCAGCACAUGCCCGCACCCGCGCUGACAUUGAAUGUUAUGGACACUGAUCUUAUAGACGAGGAGGUCUUGACAUCUCUUGUCCUGGAACUGGGGUUGGACCGGAUUCAGGAGCUGCCAGAGUUAUUCUUGGGACAGAACGAGUUCGACUUCAUUUCAGACUUUGUUAGUAAACAGCAACCCAGUGCCAUCAGCUGCUGAGGGGCUUUGAGCUCCUCCUUGUGUCUUGGUGGUUUUGAGUUUGUUUCUAACUUUUCCCCACCUGCCAUCCUCAUUCCUCCCCCUGCCUUGCCCUGUCCUGGAUUCCUGCCCUCCCCAAAAGGACAAUCAUCGGACACUGGCUUGCAAAGGAUUGCUUUUUUCUUCUGUGUGUUUUUUCUGUGUGGCAGUUUCUGGAGAGGGGGUUGGUACACCCCAAACAGAGAGCAGAUCAAGAGCUCCUGCUGUAGAAAUGCCUCUAAAUGACAUUAACAGGAUUUCUGGCUUAAGUAGAAAUAAUGGACUAUGACUUUCCUCAACUAGGCUUGGAGCACAAGAAGCAGUAGGCAGCUGGCAGCCCUGCUGGUGGAUUCUGUGGUGCCAGUGGAGUUGAAGGAUCCUGAGAGGGAAUUGUCUCCCUGGUGCAUGGUUUGAACCAGUUUCCCCUUGCAACCAUGGGUGGGGUUAGUUAUUUGUUGGGAUGUUUUACUGUGACAGUAAAUAGGUCUUCAGUCAUGUCUGUUCAGCUCGGGAAGGGGCACUUCCCCAUAGCAGGCUUUUUUCUAACUUGCAAAAAUAAAGUAUGCCUUGGGGAAGGGUGUGCGUUUGUGCCUAAAUGUUCAUCUCCGUGGAACUUCAGAUCUCAGACCUGUACUGUUAAUCAGCUGUAAAAUUUACCAAGUGUUUGAGGUUGAUUCAGGCAUGAGGCUUAAAGCUGCAGUCUGGCUCCACUUUUUUUCCACCUAUGAAACCAAAUAAAGACCAUGUAACUGUAUAUUUCAGUUCUAAUCUUAUUUAUUUUCCUGUGAUUAUUUAUUUGCAAGGGCUCUUUUUAUCAUUUGGCUUUGGGACUGCUGGGAAAGAUGCCUGGAGAGUACUGCAGCUUUAAGAUGCUGUCUUUGGGAAAAGCAAGCCUGGGAUAGUUUUCAAGCUGCUCUGCAGAAUAGUCCCUUCAACUCGAGAUGAAGGCGCAGGACUCUAAAUCCAACACCUUUCUGAGUGUGAUAAAGAUGACUCGAUUUCCAAUUCCCUUGCUCAGAGAAGGUGAGCUGUAAAAGGCGGCGGGGUUUGGUUUCCUCCUGGCUCCCGUUUCCAGGCGCUGGGGAAGCUCCGCUGACUCCUGGCUGCUGCUGCCCCCUGGUGCUGCCACUCGGAUGGAUUUGCGAAUAAAAACUGAAAUAUCUCCCGUGUGCAUUUGCUCCGUGCCCGGGCUGCUGCAGUGUGGAUCAUUAGUGUUGCCUUUGUUCCUGUUGGUGGGCUGUAGCCUGGUCACUUGUGUGCCCCACCUGAUAUUCGAGUUGGAAGGACUGGGUUUCCAGCUUGAUGUUCGGAACUAAGUGCUUGAAGUGUGGCUGGGAGGAUGAGAUGCUCCUUCUCUGUACUGAGGAGAAAUUACAGAUGUGGAUAGUCUGUUGCAGAAUGGUUGCUUUUGCUGACUGACCCAGGUGAUAGAAUCCUAGAAUGGUUUGGGUUGGAAAGAACUUAACUUUCAUCUAGAGUUACUCAGACAAGUGAGUGGUGUCUCCUUCCAGACUGGGUGCACAUCUGACAGCUGAGCUACAGCUCUGCUAGCAGUUUUCUGCAGUUUUUAUACCACAAAGGCUCUAAAACUCAAGAUAGAUAUUUUUCUCCUACUCUCACAGGGCUUAGAUUGUUCUAUUUCAAGGGUUUCCAGCCAGUUCCUUUGCAGAGUUGAGGGAUAUUCCUAAAUGUGUAGUGGGGCUGUGGAUACUAGUAUUGGAAUGGCUGAACCACUUUGGACUGUCUGUCAAUGUCCCCUGGUCUUGUUCCUUGCACAACUCAAGACCUGUUGUAGAAGUCCUGUCCUUUUGAUGGUUAUGCCUGUACAGUCCAGAGAGCUGCUCU